CUGGGGGCUCGAGCGGAGUCAUGGGCUCCUUGGUCCUCUGCCUGUACACUGUCUUCUGCCUGGUGGCUCGCUCGGUGUCUGGCAGUCCCAUCUUGGGCCUUGAGCGGUCACCCCUGGAAGAAGAUAUGCCUCUCUUUGAUGAUGUCUUCUCGGAGCAGGAUGCUGUUGACUUUAACAUGCUGCUGCAGAGUAUGAAGGAUGAAUUUCUCAAGACGCUGAACCUGUCUGACAUCCCGACGCAGGAUUCAGCCAAGGUGGACCCACCAGAGUACAUGUUAGAACUCUACAACAAAUUCGCCACAGAUCGGACCUCCAUGCCCUCCGCCAACAUCAUCAGGAGUUUCAAGAAUGAGGAUCUAUUUUCGCAAUCAGUCGCUUUCAAUGGGCUCCGAAAAUAUCCCCUCCUCUUCAACGUGUCCAUCCCUCACCACGAAGAAGUCAUCAUGGCUGAACUCAGGUUAUACACGCUGGUGCAAAGGGAUCGCAUGAUAUAUGAUGGAGUGGACCGGAAAAUUACUAUUUUUGAAGUAUUAGAGAAUGAAGGAGACAAUACAGGUGAAAGAAACAUGAUGGUCUUAGUGUCAGGAGAGAUCUAUGGAACCAACAGUGAGUGGGAAACAUUUGAUAUCACAGAUGCCAUCAGACGUUGGCAAAAGUCAAGCUCGUCUACCCACCAGCUGGAGGUCCACAUUGAGAGCAGACACGACCAAGUGGAAGACAUUGAAAGGGGACAACUGGAAAUAGACACCAGUGGCCAGAAUAAGCAUGACCCUUUGCUUGUUGUGUUUUCUGAUGACCAAAGCAGUGACAAGGAGCAGAGAGAGGAACUGAAUGAAAUGAUUGCCCACGAGCAACUUCUGGACCUGGAUGACCUUGGCAAGGAUGGCUUUUCCAGCGAGCCUGGGGAAGAGGCCCUGCUGCAGAUGAGGUCCAACAUCAUCUAUGACUCCACUGCCAGAAUCAGAAGGAACGCCAAAGGGAACUACUGCAAGAGGACCCCUCUCUAUAUUGACUUUAAGGAGAUCGGCUGGGACUCCUGGAUCAUUGCUCCAACUGGAUACGAAGCCUAUGAGUGUCGUGGUGUUUGUAACUACCCACUGGCAGAGCAUCUCACACCCACAAAGCAUGCAAUUAUCCAGGCCUUGGUCCACCUCAAAAAUUCUCAGAAAGCUUCCAAAGCCUGCUGUGUGCCCACCAAGCUGGAGCCCAUCUCUAUCCUCUAUUUAGACAAAGGUGUUGUCACCUACAAGUUUAAAUAUGAAGGCAUGGCUGUCUCUGAGUGUGGCUGUAGAUAGAAGAUCCCAUGGCUUAUUUAAUAACUGUAAAUGUGUAUAUUUUGUGUCUAUUUAAUGAGACUAUUUAAUGAGGGUGUACAGAUAAUAGAGGCUCGCUGCCUUAGGGAAAUGGACAGAUCUGUUUGUUGUAGGAAAUGCAUAUUUUGCUAUUCAAUCUAGUCCUUUCCAGUCCGUCUUUCUUUGUAGUUGUCAUUUCCUGACAAUGCUGUCUCUAAGAAAUGUUAGCCCUCCAUCCUCCGUGUCACUUCAGAAACAGCAUCCCCUAAGUAAAAUACAAUCUCAAAACACACCUGCUCGUGUAUGCAUGUAUGAACUUAGGAAAAUACUUUGAUUCUAUCAAGGCAAAUUGUAUUCACAUACAUGCAUGAUUCACUCAAAUGUGCAUAUAGUAAAGGCAAUUACUUUUCUGAAUAGGAUUUAUGUCAACAAAUUUGCAUCAGGAAUUUAAUCAUCCUAGGAAGAAUUUCGUUUCAGACAAACUCUGGAAAUGUAAUUAUAGCUAUUGUUAGUUGAGUUUCUGCCAUGGCUUAGAGCAGCUCUGGGGAAGGGGGUUUCAUGCUUGAAGGGAGAGGCUGUUAAAUGCAGAAACCAAAUGGUUUUGAGAGGCAGUGGACCUACAGGUAUGCCAGCAAAAGAUGAGCCCAUGGCACCGAUGUGCUGUAGAGGGCAGCACCUGGUUGGGAAAGGGUGGCAGACAGGACUGCAGGAUGAGCUCUGUUCCUCAGAAGAUAGGGUGCCAGGCCAUCAGUACUGCCAUUGGUGCUGCAGAAGGUGAGGAGCUGGGAGAGGGAAAAAGAGGAAAAGGAUACAGAUGCUCCUCAGAUGAGUUGGUAAAGUCAUAAGCAGUUCUCAUUAGGAAAUUAAAUCUUUUGGACAAGACAGAAAGUUCGAAGACCAAGAGAAGGACCAUCAGGAGGGAACUGUUGAUUGGACUCCUCACUUCUUAAAAUACUUUUCUUCACUACAUAAUCUUCCCCCUUGUCUCUGUGCCUCUGCUUUCAUUCGUUCCCAUCUUGCACCUCCUCUGUGGCUUCUCUGCUCUCACGUCUUAGAGCCUUUUCCUGUUGUUCUAUAUACCUUCUUCAUCGGCCUCUGUGACCCUGGCCUUUGCUUUUAGAGGAAAUAACCACCUAAUGUCUAGAUUCCCCCUGGGGUUUAACUUGCUUUAAUGGUAUUCUUUUGACACGCUUUGGUCAUAAAGAAUACUUAUGGAUAACCAAAAGAAGAGUCAAAAUCCAUGUAGAUGAAUUAGUGUACAGACACACAAGAAAAUGAGUUGAAAGUUAGCUUUGUAUUUUGAAGUCGAAUUUGCUCCAUGGUGGUAGCCCCCUUGUUCCCAUUCUGCCCUCUUUCCAGGUUGUGACUGACUAGGACUGAGGGGUGGAAAGUGCUUCCGAUAGAAAUGGACUGGUAGGCAUUAGGUCCGCCCACCUGCCAGUAGCUGGAAGGGCAUUGUAUUUCUGGCAGCAUUUGUAGUGCCCCCGUGUGGGCAGGUGGCCUCGGUGCAGGAGGACAGAGCAGGCCUCAAGCUGUGCUGGCGUCUUCAGGCAGGUGACACAGAUGAAUACAGAUGUGCUUUCCAGUAUAUUUCUCCUCCUUGUCCCACUUGGAAUCUGUCUUACGGGGUCUUACAUUCUUUUUUUAAUGCUGAGAAAUUUUCAACUUCUUUUGUACAAACCUUUAGGAGCAUAACUUCAUAUUGCCUUGGAAAACAGAGCUAAGAAAAGCCAUUUUGAAGGUCUUUUUCUAUCUCACUUCUAAGCCUCCAUUUCAACCUGUGACUAGAGGACAAGUCAUAGGGCAUUUUUUUUUUUUUUUGCCGUAAGGGCAGUAGUAUUUGCACUGCCAGUGGAAGUAUAGUGAUUGCCAAUUUGUGCUGACCAGAUGGCCAUGCAACUCAGAAUGCCUCAAUUCUGGGUCAGCCUCCAUAAAACAUGAGGCGUGUGUGUGUGUGUGUGUGUGUGUGCACGUGUGUGUAGCUGACUGUGGAUAGCCACUUGGUACCCUCAGUGGAAAAUGGUGUGUCCUUUACAUUCUACGGUACCCUGUGUACACUCAUAUAUUCCAUGGUACAUCUCAUCCUUCUUAAAAGACACUGUAAUAGAUAUGCUGUAAAGAGCUAUGCAGAGUAGUCUCUAGUACAUUUUAUUUAUUUUAUGUCUAAAAUAGAUGGCAAUUGUGUGCUGGUAAAUGCUUUAUAACCAGCAAUCCAAGACCCUGAUCUAUAAAUUUCAGUAGUGUAAAUUCUCCACCCUGCCCUAUUUGAAACCACCACUGAGAAGCUAACUAGCUUGCAAACUUCCUCAAAACCUAACAGGUAGCUCCUGGGAGCUGUGUGUAUGUGUGCUGGCCCCAAUACACAACGAGGUGCCAGCGCCUGCUUUUGCAAUCUCUACCAGGUUCCUGGAGAAACUUUGUCUUAAGCACUUAAAAUCAUCCUGCUAUUAAAAAGUAAAAAUUUAGGCUGUUCACAAUAAGCCUGAAUUUUUAUUGGAAAGGGAGUAAAGAAAAACCACAUAUUGGUUAUUCAAAUGUUGUUAGUUACAUUUAUGAUAGUACUAGUGUUUUCCUUCUUCUUAUCAAACAAUGAAAAGACAAAAACCAUAAAUAGAGGCAUUCUCCCUGGUCUUAUUGGUGCAUCUAUGAUUCUUCUUCCCUACAACAUUAAUAGAAAGCCGUGGAACUGUUAUUGUGAAGGCAGAACUUCCUAAUAUUUUUUUGGUCAUACGUCUUCCAUUAUGCUCAUCCUUCAUUUCUUCUUCUUCCUUUUUUUUUUUACACCUUUAUGGCAUGAUUAUCAUCACUGACGUUGAUAAAUCUAAGGACCUCAUGAAGAUAAUUGUAGCAGAGGUACUUGGGCAGGCCACAACCAAUAGCCAUGUGAGUUUCAGGCUUCCUACUAUUUAUUGAUUGAUAUAUUUAUUUUUGUAAUAUAGUGUAGAAUACCAAAUAUUUUAUUUUUAUGUUUGUGUUUUGCUUUCCAGAUAGAAUAAUUUGUGCUUUUUAAACAGUAGCCUUCUCCAGAGUUCAGCUCAUUUGGAAUAUAUUGCCUAUACAGUAUGUUCAUCUUUCAGUUUUUGCAUCAAAAUAUCCUGUUAGUUUAAGGAGUCUUGUUAUCAGCUUACUAAAGUUUUGUAUAUUUGUGUCCUUAGGCAUGCUGUGAGCCUUCAUAUAUUUACUGAUUUGUAAAUAGUACAGGUUUAACUGAAGUGUAGAUGUUCCAAAAAAUAUUUAACCAAUAAAUGUCAUGUCGUUCCAUAAACUGACAUUGUUAUUUUAUCAUGAGAGGAAAAUAUUGUGUCUGUGAGGAAAUAUAAUUGCUACUUACUGAGCAGAGGUGAAGUUUGACUGGAUCCCCCGAGGCAAGUGCUUCCUCUCUGAAUGUGCCCAUUACUUUUACUUAUCCACCAAUUUAGAGAUCUGAUUGGAUAAAACUGUUUGCAAACAGACCAAUUCUCUCCAAAUGUCAAAAAUACGAAUUUAGCAGUUCCCUAAACAGACAGCCGCAAAGUGCCAAUACUUUGCCAAUAUACAAUUUUUGAUCUGGGAAAUUAAUGAUAAAAUACUUUAAUCAAAGCUUACUAAAUAUUUUGGAAUUCUUCGUAGUUUAUGUUCUUUGAGUAAAAGAUAUGUUUGUGCAAAGGAAUUUUAUAUAUUACUCUUCCUGAAUUCACCAACAGACCAUGAAGCCCAGCAGUACUCUGGACAAACUGUUUGUCAUCGAUCCCAAACACAGAAAGCCUGUUGCCCUGUGUGAGGACCCCAGAUCUUUUUCACAGUCACUAUGGAUGGCACCUCACCUUUGCAGUUUUAUAUGCUCAUGUGUGAUAAAAAAGGAAGCACUAUGUCUCUGUAUUUUCUUGCCUUUAAACAAAAACAGUUGAUUUCACACAUCAGAUGGAAGCAAAGUAGAUAUACUUGCACUGUACAAUACUAGCAGCAAUGGAUUUUCUGCAUGUGGAAAUACGUUCACUAGUAAAUAAGUCCGUGGAGAAAUGAUCACUUGCUGUGAUCAUGUUUCUAUCAUACACGCACCGCCCUGUGAGAGCUCUGGCUUGACUGUGGUGUGGAUGCCGACCUAAUGGCUUCCUUGUGGGAAGUCCAUUUCACGCAGACACACCUGGGAAAGUAAUCUUGACCUUGACACAUCCAAUCACAUGUUGAAGCACAAUCACAUGUUGAGUAAAACAAAUUCAUUGCCCAUGUCCAAAUUUAUUUAGUAAUUAUGAAGCUAAAAUGAAGAUAAAAAUAAAUAUUUUACACUGUGUUCAUAAACUAAAUGUGUACAUUCAGUGUCUUCUGGUUAAAUAAAAUGGAGAAAUUAU